CAAGCACUUCGGUGCGCUGGAAAAGCCUCGGUGACGCUGGACUGGCAUGUCAUGGACACCAUACCCUGGAGAUGUCGAACGCUUCCGGGAUAUGAUUGAGGAGGGGUUAAAGCAACUAGACUGGCACAGACGAGGCCUCCUCACGAUCACGCAUCACAACCACACCUGGUCCCCGCCCUCGGAGCCCGAGCCGGGGCGUGUUCAGCAGUGAGCUGUGUUGUUCGUGCGGAAGCUAGGACAUGUGGACAAGGACAGUGUAGUACCGAAUCAUGUGUCGCGUCUUCGUCACGUCUGCUGUAGGGCCUCGUCAACU